AAUUUGUGAUUGUAUGUUACGGUAAUUCGACGUUAAUUUGAGGCACUCGACAACAUUUAACAGGCUAAGGCUGGGUCUGGGCGACAUAGCGAGUGUUUUGUAAAACUCCUCGGAGCUGUAACGAAGCUUGUUAGCGGACUUUUGAAAAGAAGAUUGCUGCAGCGGAGACACCUAGAGCGAGGGUCGCGCAAAUGGAACUAAUGAGUUCCCUGUUGUUAUGUGUGCUAGUGGUGCUGUUGCCGCAAACGCUAGGUAUAUCAAGAGUAAGAUCACCGCCAAGACUGGAAAUAAGAUUCAACAAUUCGCUGCUUAUCCAGCAGAAACCACACACGCUACGGAAGCAAAUACUACUAAACAUCAACGGACCACCUUUGGUGAACAACGUAACCGAACUGCAGACAGUAUUCACAGCUUUAGCUUGCAAAAGGUGCCAUAAUUGCAUGGAGCGAGCGAUCAGAGCAUAUAAAGUCCAUAACCAUAUAAUCAGCAACCGUCCAAGCGCUGAAGAGCUUCAAGAAGACGUCUUAACCAACGAGAUCAGUUACAGAACCAAAAGAGACAUAGCGCCUACGAGUGAGACGAUUAUACCUACCAGUACUGAAGCAAAGACCACUAAGAAGUUCAGAACAAAGAAAAACAAAAUCAAUCGAGCUGUGAUGGUCACCAAAUACAAUAUAGACGGAGACGUUUACGCUCUGAAAGUCAAAGAGCAACUGAACGCCGAUCAGAACGAUACAAAAACGUGCCAAGUGUACAGCGUAAAGAGGUCUUUUCCGUGCGAUUCUGCGGAGGGCGAAGCUCUUUUAUCCUCUGCGAGAAGGAAAGCUAAUAAAAGGAAGGCGAAAAAGGAACAAGACAAAACGUCUACUACACCUACAACGCCAAAAACUCAAACGUCUGUCUUUAGGAAGCGUGAAGUAGAUAACUCACAGAUGCCUGAAAACUUCAUGCCUUCUAUUGAGGAAUUGUACUAA